AUGUCGAGGAUUAAGAACGGUAAGGAAGGGGAAGAGGCAUAUACACUUACCGAUGAGUGCCUUGAAGAGCUACUCCCCAUUGAUUUCUACGAUAAGAGUCGGAAGCCAAGGGAUGAACAAAAGAUCGAGUUUAUGGUAGGAAAGGAGAAGAGCAUCUUUGAGGGAGAGAGGAGGAGGGAUUUUGUGGAUAUUGUAAGUGCUCUUGAGGUUGAAAACCUGAAAAUGGAGGCAGAGAUUGGGAGGCUUGCGGAGAAGGAGGAUAGGAUAGACAAAGAAAACAAUGCUCUGAAAGAUAUUCUUUAUGGAAUUUUAUCGAAGCUUUCUUCUUGA